GGCUUCAAAACAACUACUCAUACUGACGUUUUCUGUUUCUGUUCGGCUGAAUAGCCGUUAUCUGAGCUCUACAGCGAUUCGCGUGAUCUAACGUUAAUAAAGUCUGAGGAAGUAAACCGAGGAAAGUCUUCAACAAAGAUAUUCUGAGAACAGUUUUUAAAAUCGACAUAAAGGUAAACUGAUAUCUCAGGCGUGAAGGUUUCUGUUAGGCUACUACAAAUGCACGGAUAUUUAAUCGCGGAGUCAGUUUCUGAUCUCGCUGAAACAGUUUAGCAACCACGUUGUUUACUGUACACCUUUAGCAGCUUAAUUCGGGGUUAACUUAUGACCAAAGGUUAAAAGCUGCGCGAAUGUAACCUGGGAUUUAAAAAGACGUUAUCACAGGGUUAUACGUGUGCUUAGCCUACUCCCAAAAGCGCUUUAAAUGGUUUAAUGCAAGGAUGAAGUGAUACCUGCAUCACCUGAGCGCUGGGCGCACAGUGUACGUCACGCGUGAGGGGCGGGGCCUAUGAGAGCUCCCGAACAGUUUCACUCAGGAGCCAGAGCGGCGCGCGGCACACAUCGAGCGGGCUUGAGCGAACGAAGCGCUACCUUUCGUCCCUGUUGAACCUGGAGUUUAACUGAGAAUGUCUUUGGGUGACCAGCAGUGGUAUCCCACCAGCGUUCAGGUAACGGUGCUCAAAGCACGAAACCUGCGGAUCAAGGGCAAGAAUGGCACGAACGACGCCUAUGCCAUCAUGCAGGUGGCCAAGGACAAGUUUUCCACCUCGGUCGCGGAGAAAUGCGUCUCGCCCGAGUGGAAGGAGGAGGCGAGCUUCGAUCUGCCGCUGAUCCAUCAGGGGGACGCGGAGCGGUGCACGCUCUACAUCAUCGCCAUGCACCGAGCCCUGGUGGGGCUGGACAAGUUUUUGGGACAGGCUGUCAUCAACUUACUGGACCUCCACGCCAACAGAUCACGCAAAAAGUCUGACUGGUACAAACUGGUGGAUAAGAAUGGGAAACAGGAGAAGGACCGAGGGGAAGUUCUUUUGGACAUUCAGUUCAUGCGGAAUAACUUGACAGCCAGCAUGUUUGACCUCUCCAUGACAGACAAGCCUCGCUCCGGCAUCGGUAAGCUCAAGGAUAAAAUUCGUGGUAAGAAGAAAGACGGCCUGUCGGAUUCUGCCUCUGCGAUCGUGCCCUCUUCAGUGGGAACAGACAGUGAAGGGGAAGGAGAAGGAAGUUCGGACAAUCCUAAGAAGAAAUCAAAACUCAAAUCCUUGUUUGGACCAAAGACAAACCUCCAAAGGAAUGUGUCCCAGUCCAUGUCAACCCUGGGCACCCUGCCUGAGAAGAACAGUUCACUCAGCAGCAGCAGAUCUUUUAAUCCACAAUUAAUUGACCAAUUGAGCAUAUUAGACACAGGUCCUGUUUGGUAA